AUGUUACCAUCCAGGUGUGAUGGUGCUAAUGUUGGAUGUUGGAGGGAGGGGUGGCAGUGUGAGCAUCGUAUUAGUCAAGAUGAUAUUAAUAAAGAUAUUGUAUUAUGUUCAAUAUGUCAUCAUCUGUUAUGGAAACCUGUUACAUGCAAGACAUGUAAGAACUCAUUUUGUUAUCAAUGCAUUCAUCAACGACUGAAUGAUCUACAAACAAAUAAUUGCCCAUUUGGCUGUGAAUACGAAGAACAACAAUGUUCAUCUGUUAUACUGACAUUAUUAUCCAAAUUACAAAUAGAAUGUUCCUACAAAUCUUACGGGUGUUCUGCGAUUGUUUCGUAUGACUUACUAGAAGAUCACGAACAAAAUUGUGAUUAUCAACAAUAUCACAAACAGUAUUAUGAUGUUCAGCAACAUUUAGAAGAAUAUGAAGAAGUCGUUUUAAGAUGUCUAGAAUGCCGUACACUUUAUCAACGUGACGAUAUGAAACAACAACAACAUACAAAAAUUCAAUGUUUGAGACAGCAAAUGCUUUCAAUGCAGAGCAUAAUGGAACAAUCAACUAAACUACGACAAGCCACAUUCAGUUCAAUUCUUCAAAAACAACAACAACAAUUAAAUGCAAUAGAUGAAAACUUAAACGUACAACGCGACUUAUUUGAACAAAAGCUAAAUUCCAUUGUUGAUAAGCAUCAACAACAGUUCAACUCAGUAGAUGAAAAUUUAAAAUUGCAACACGACUUAUUUGAACAAAAGUUAAAGUCCGUCGUGGACAAGCACCGACAACAGUUCAACUCAGUAGAUGAAAACUUAAAAUUGCAGCACGACUUAUUUGAACAAAAUCUAAAUUCCAUCGUGGACAAGCACCAGCAACAGUUCAACUCAGUAAAUGAAACCUUAAAUCUGCAGCACGACUUAUUUGAACAAAAUCUAAACUCCGUCGUGGACAAGCACCAGCAACAGUUCAACUCAGUAGAUGAGAACUUAAAAAUGCAACACGACUUAUUUGAACAAAAGCUAAAUGCUGUCGUUGAUAAACAGCAACAGCAAUCACAAUUAGCGGCUAAUAAAACAGAUCAAAAAUUAAAUACCAUAGUAUAUGAACAACAGCAAAAAUUAAAUGCCGUCGCCGACAAGCAACAGCGUCAACUUCAAGAGAAAACAGAUAAAACAGAUCAGAAAAUAAAUACAAUGAUUUUCAAACAACAACAACAAGUAAAAUCAAUACAUGAAACAAUAGAUCAGAAAAUGAAAUUGCAACAGGAUUCAACUGAACAAAAACUAAGUGCUAAUUAUGUUAAACAACAGCAACAAAUUCAAGAGAUAGAAUCAAAAGUAGAUGAAACUAUUAGUGGUAGCGUAAAAAAUUUGAAACAACAAAUGGCAGAUGUCAUUAAACGAAAAUUGAUCACAUUUAAUGAUGUUGCAAAUGCAACAACAACCUAUGGAAGAAUACCAAAUGGUUAUCAUGGUUUAAAUUGGGAUAAUUUUUGGUAUUUACACGAAUCAUAUGCAAAUAAAAAUAGUGGAUAUCCAAAUGCAUUUCGACAUGGGCAUUACAUUGCAUUUAAUGAAGGUGGACGACCAAUGUCAAUGUCUUCUCUACCGCACGCAACAUUUAAUAUUUUUACAUUUGAAGCAAAUGCAGCAUUCUACGAUAGUUUACAGUUAACAAUCACAGGUUUUCGUAAUCAAAAAGAAAUUUAUACAAAAACUGUUACAUUAGAAUAUACAAAAUCACAAGUUUAUGAAUUAAAUUGGUGGAAUAUUGAUAAAUUACAAUUUAAAUCAUUUGGUGGUAAAUUACAUCGUGGAUGCUGUGAUUUUAAAGAUUUUAUUUUAAGUUGCUUAAAUUUAGGAUAA